UACGUGUUGAAGUGUGUCACGUUACAGAGUGUGUAAGUGUGGUUUCAGAAUGUAUGUAUUACCAUGUGUGAAAAACGAUGGGAAUAAUUUGAGGGCUUUUGACUCCAUGUCGUUUGCUGCUGAGGUAACCCAACCUGACAACAUUGACUUCAACUGCAUAGUUUGACAUGUGUGUGGGAUAGUGUUAGGUAUCUCUCUAACGGUAGUCUUCCACUCCUCCUCUUCCUCUCUUAGCUACCUCUGAUGGGACGAGGCAGGGGCUGGACAGCACGAGAGGAGGAGUGUGUGUGACACGAGGGAUGAAGGUGAUUCUCAAAGUGGGACAGACUGCAUAUGGCCUCCCACCCAAACCCAAACCAGACUCAAACCGCUUCCACCCCAAAGGGAACGGUACCACGCCCAAGGCUGGUGGAGAGGGUGAGGGGAACAACCCUUUACCUUCCUCUAACGUGGCGGUGAUCACWGGAGCGGCAGGGGGCGGAGCCUUCCUCCUCAUCGUGACGUCUGUCAUCUGUGUGGUGUGUUACCGCUGGCGACAGAACAAGCACUCUGAGACCCAUCACCCCACCMUGACCCUGGCCACCCUAACCCCCAAGAGGGGCAGCAACAACGGGGCCGGCUCCUCCGCCGGAGGAAACAACGGCUCGGAGCCCAGUGACAUCAUCAUCCCGCUGCGGACUUCAGACCAGGCUUACUGCCCGCACUACGAGAAGGUGAGCGGGGACUACGGUCACCCCGUCUACAUCGUCCAGGAGAUGCCCCCCCAGAGCCCAGCCAACAUCUACUACAAAGUAUGAGGGAGACACCUAGACGGCCCAGCUGGCAUAGACGCAGUAUCAACAAAUAGACUGCUGUUUUCAACGUAGAAAUCCAACUGUCCCUCUAGCUCCCUCCACACCCUUAUCCUCCCACCUCCCUCUCUAUGACUGACUGYCGGGAUGGCUGCCCUCACCCUCCUGCCCUAUGGACUGUACUGUACAGUGGUCUGCCACUGUGGAUGGAUGGAGGGGUGGUUGUGUAUUGGUGGGGGUGGGACCUCUUCCCUGCUUUGAACCCUAUGAUUGGGUCCAAGAGGGCUGGACAUGAGGGCCGUUAAACUGAUGGACUCACAGUGGCAGCGGCUCAGUGUCGCCUCUCACUCACAGUGAGAGCUGACACUAGAUAUGAAAUGUCAAAACUUUUCAAAUUGUUAGUGUGUGUGUCUGUGUGUGUGUAUAUAUUUGCGUGAGUGAACGUGUUUUUGCGUGCGUGCGUACGYGCAAGCAGUACGUCUGCUUGUGUGUGGUGCGUGAUAACUUUUGUUUUAGGGGUAUGUCAGUCUUAAAACCAAAACCACUUGAGCAAAUAUCAAAGCAAGAUUUCUACCCACUGUCAUCCUUUACAGAUGAUAUAAUAKAAUGAUUUCCUAACUCAUUUGUAGAUAUUUCAGUUCAGAUUUCUGUUAGGCACUGUUUUCUUGUCAGUGUUGUAUGUUCUCUGUUUUGGAGUCUAGAUGAGAUCUAGGUACUGGUAUUUAGGAUAUGUUUUGUGUUUGUCUUCGAAAUGAAGGAUCUACUCUUCCUUUACCCCAUCCUCUCACUCACUCUACAAUGCCUUAGCAUUGAAAUAGUUCACUUUUCUGUAUAUAAAGUUUCACAGAGGAAGGAGGACAACAGCACAAAGAGGUGUACUCAAGAAGAGGAAGCGUAUUGGCAACGUGUUUGAACAGACGAACCCACAAACACUGUGAUUCUCCCAUACUGUACAUCCACACACAGCUACAGAAACCUAACCCACUGUAUUGUUUAUGUUGCUCCUCUGUGACUGGUGAAAGUGUCUUUUUCGAGGCGAAUGAUCUGUUUGGUUUUGUGACAGCUGCGGUCUGUUUUCAUUCCCCACAAUGCAUUGGUAACUGAUGACCAACGGUUGGCUGGCUGAGGAGAGGAAUGCAGCAAGUAAAGAAAGUGAAAAGGUCAGAGGUCAUUGUUGAAAUGCCACAGACGAUAGUCAACAUAUAUAGCGCCRUGGUGGAGUCCAUGCCAAUGUGACUUAGAACAUCCUUUGUCUGCGGGACCGUUUCAACACAAUGUGCACGUAACAAGUGCUAUGGAGGAAAUGUCUUACACGCUGGCUUUAAAACUCAGUCCUCGAGUCUCAGGACCACACCUCAURCACAGAAAUAGAUGUAUUGUUUCAUGUUUUCAUACAAACUAACGGAUUCCUACKGUCGUUUUUAUGUAGUGUGAUGAUUUCUAGGAUGUUGAGGUCUAUAGUCAGAGUGUUGGAGGAAGUGACGGAGUGAUGGGAAACAUCACAGAUCAGUCCAGCUCCUGCUGGGUCUGACACCUCUCUGGGACAUUUCAUCACUCUGGGACAUUCUGGACCUCAGACUUACAUCACAACUCUUCGACAACAUUGGACUCUGAUUGGACAACAAAGCAACAGCACACUACCUGAGACAUGGCGGCAGACGCCUCUGAUAAGAAAGUGAUUUUCUGGGUGCUAGAAUAAACAUGUCCUGUCCUUGUGUACCUGUUCUCUACCAGGGACCAGCUGGACUUAAGGCCAGUGUAAUUCUGUGUUGCAUUCUACCGUAUUCUGUGUACCAUUUGCCAUAGUGUUUCAUUUGCUUUCACUAGGUUGUCUUUCUCAACUGCUAUUUUCACUCAGUCAUUUUGCCAAUAACCUCAUCCAGAGGAGGGGGCCCUGCUUUUCAAAACUGAGGAGAGAUGGAUCAGGUGUUGGUGAGACAAGGGAUGAGACAAUGGUUUGAUGUGGUAGGUAGAUGGUUAAGGAGACCUUUUUGAGAUCGAUGAGACUGAAUGUUGAGACUGCAGGACACUAUAAGAUGGUUUAUGUUGCCUCCCCAGGGUCUCUGCUCUCCUGUCCCUUCCCAAUCAUCUCUUUCCAGACGUACAUUCCAGUUUUGGGGAAAAAUGACAUAAAAACCUGAGUAUGUUAUAAAAUCA